AGUUGGACCACGCGUUUGUCGCUUUGUUUACGCUAAAAAAACACCUUUUUGAAACCAUCGCGAUCACGAAAAACGUGUAAAAAUGGGUAAAAUAAAGAAGGCCCCGAUGAAAUCUCCGCUCUCUAGCGCGGAUCCCCCGAUCGAAAAAGCACCGACCGAAGAACGCGGUGUGGUGAUGGUGAAGAACCUUCCGGUAGGAUUCUACGAGCGCGAACUACGCCAGCUCUUCUCACAGUUCGGCGAUGUGCUACGUGUCUAUGUGGCCCGUUCGAAACGUACACUCCGGUGUAAAGGAUUUGCCUACGUAGAGUUCCUGCUGCACGAUGUUGCCGAGAUCGCCGCGAGCGCCCUGAACAACUACAUGAUGUUCGGACAGGUACUGAAGACGGUGGUGCUCCCUCGGCGACAACACGUAAUGCUGAGCACCUCGCUACAAGCGUUCGACGAUCAGGGUAGACAGACCACGAAGUACAUGCUGUGGCUGAAGCGUCAAGCGGCCCUCGAGAACGGCGUGGCUCCGGAGUCGGCACUGCGUGCCCGUAAUGCCCGCAUGCUGGCCAAAUUGGAACAAACAUCCAGUAACCUCCUGGAUUCAACGUCCGAGUUGAUAAAGCAUUACGAAGAGACGGCGGAACUGCUGAAGAAGAAUCCGGUGCUGGCGGCAAAUCGUAAACGGCCAUCGAAGCCGAAGGCGAAAGAGGUCAACACGACUCCCAAAGACAAAAAAGCAGAAACACAUCAAGAGGAUGAGGAUGACGAAGAUGACGAUGAGUCAUUCACUGCACUGAAGCCAGAUGAUUGGGACGUUCCGGCCCCGGUAGUAACCCCAUGCAACCCAGAACAGAAGAAAGCUUCGAUCGAGGCUGCCAAGCGUGCCAAGAAGAACUUGAAGCCACACCAGGAACCGGUCGAGAAGCUGAAAAAGGUAGAGAAAGUAAUCAAGAAGAACCCAGCAAAAAAUGUGAAGGCAGCCAUCAAGCGUGGAAAAAAUAAAAAAGCCUAAUGGGCAACUGUUGCUCCUACUCUACAAAUGCGUUUUAUUU